CCUGAAAGGAGGCUGUAGGCCGGGGUCAGGCUCUUCUCCCAGGGAACCAGAGACACGAAAAGAGGAAACGGUCUCAAGCUGUGCCAGGGAAAGUUUAGGUUGGAUGUGAAGUAUUUCUUCACAGACGGGGUGAUCAGAUAUUGGAAUGGAAUGCCCAGGAAGGUGGUGGAGUCACCAUCCCCGGAGGCGUUUAAGCAAAGGCUGGAUGUAGCACUCAGUGCCGUGGUCUAUUUCCAUGGUGGUGCUCAGUCAUGGACUCGAUCUCAGAGACUUUUCCAGUCUGUCUGAUUCUGCAUUUCAAGGCUGCCGUCGGCUGGUGCGCAGGGGAUGACCGGGACAGCUGCAGCCCUGCCCCUCACGGCGGGGCGGACGCCGAGCCGCUUUCCCCACACGCGGCCGCCCCGGGCCGCCAGGCUCUGCCCCCGGGGUUCUCCGUUCCCGGCCCGGCUCCGCCCCGCGGCCCCGCCGCCGCUUAAAGGCGCCGCCGCCGCUUCCCCGCCCCCAACCAGCGCGGAGCAAAGGCCAAGGGCCGGCGGCCGCCGCCAUGGUGUUGCACCCGGUGCUGGGGAAGCUGGUCAGCAAGCGGGUGGUGCUGGCCAGCGCCUCGCCGCGCCGGCAGGAGAUCCUCACCAACGUGGGCCUGCGGUUUGAGGUGGUUCCAUCCUGGUUUAAGGAGACACUAGAAAAGUCAUCUUUUACAGCCCCUUAUGAGUAUGCUGUGGAAACAGCAAAACAGAAAGCUCUUGAAGUAGCAAACCGAAUGCAUGUAAAGCAUCUGAGAACACCUGAUGUUGUCAUAGGAGCAGACACUAUUGUGUCUGUGGAUAAGCAGAUCCUGGAGAAACCAACUGAUAAGCAAGAUGCCUACAGGAUGCUGUCAAGGUUGAAUGGGAAAGAGCACAGUGUUUUCACAGGGGUGGCUAUCAUACACUGCCGCAGUAAGGACAGUCAGCUGGAGAUGGAAAUCACAGAUUUCUAUGAAGAGACUAAAGUAAAAUUUUCUGAGCUGUCUGAAGAGCUCUUAUGGGAGUACAUUCACAGUGGGGAGCCAAUGGACAAGGCUGGUGGAUACGGUAUCCAAGCCCUUGGUGGAAUGUUAGUUGAGUAUGUCCAUGGAGACUUCUUGAAUGUGGUGGGAUUUCCUCUGAAUCACUUCUGCAAAAAGCUAGCAGAAUUGUACUAUCCACCCUCUAAACAUAAUGUACAACAUAAAAAGUAUGACUCUAUCCCUUCUGUGGACACUUUUGAGAACCUAAGUGAUGGAGAAGCUGAAUCUUCAAAUUUCACAGAGUACAAAGUUUCUAGUAAGCUGGACAGCAGUGGGAUGGAUUCCUCGGGAGCAGUUUACUCUUCUGAAAACAGUUCUGCUGUCAAAACAGGUUUUACAGUACCUUCGGAAAAUCAGAAUGGAGUGUCACAGAGUGCAUCAAAACUUCCAUCCAAAAUUCUAGAGCUGAUGGAUGGUUUUAGAGCUUCAAAGGCUCUAUUUGUAGCCUCUAAGCUGAAGAUAUUUGAUCAUCUGAAAGAUAAAGGGCCAGUGAAGGCUGUGGCUAUUGCAAAUGAUGUUGGAACCUCUCUGUGUGGAACUGAAAGACUCCUUGAUGCAUGUGCUUCUCUUGGAUUACUGGAGAAAACACCACAAGGUUACAGUAAUACAGACUCAGCAAAUACCUACCUGACCUCAGAUGGUAAAUACUCACUUCACGGCUACAUUAUCCAUUCUAAUGAUCACCUUUGGCCUCUCUUCACAAACUUGGAGUCUGCUGUCAAAGAAGGGAGCAGGCAGAAUCAUCGAGCCUUUGGAAAGAAAGCAGAUGAUCUAUUUAAGGACUAUUAUCACAGCCAGGAGGUAAAGCAACGUUUUAUGGCUGCCAUGCACAGCAUUGCUCACCUGACAGCAAGAGAUGUGGCUACAGCAUUUGAUCUUUCACAGUUUAAAUCUGCUUGUGAUUUAGGAGGUUGCACUGGAGCUCUGGCUCAUGAAUUAGUGCAAGUAUACCCAAAUCUCAAAGUCACAGUAUUUGACCUUCCAGAAGUCAUUGCAAAUGUGUCUCACUUUCAGCCUUCAGGACAGCACGCUGCUCCAGUGACAUUUGUGUCAGGUGACUUCUUCAAGGAUAAUCUUCCAGAAGCAGAUCUUUACAUCCUUUCACGUGUUCUUCAUGACUGGUCUGAUGAAAAGAUACAUGUGCUGUUAAGCAAGAUAUCAGCUGUUUGCAGACCAGGAAGUGCCUUGCUAGUGGCAGAAACUGUGCUUGAUGAACAGAAGACGCACCCUUCUGUAGCUGUGCUACAAUCCCUCAGUAUGACUGAAGGCAAGCAGAGAAGCGGCUCAGAAUAUAAACAGCUGCUGGAGAAAUACGGAUUCACAGAUGUACGAAUUAAGAUCACAGGGAACCUAAUAGAUGCUGUUCUGUGCUUCAAGAAGAGGCUGUCACUGUAGUGUGCCCAGGAGCAAUCUGGGAUGCCGAAUUUUCACCCCCUUGUGCAACAUACCCAUCAUCAGCUCGUAUUGGCAGUUGAGGAUCAUAAAGGACCUUUAUCUGAAGCGUAGUUGUUAUAGGCCAUGGAUACAAGUUGAAUUGCAGCUUCUGCCAGAGUGAAUUCUGUGCAUUUUAAAAAGUGUCUGGGGCAGGCCAAAACUCCUGCUUGUGAAGUACCUUAAUGUCUAGUUCUUCUGCAGACUGUAUUAAGCUUAGACUUGGCAUAGCAGUGUAUAGCAUGUCAAGUUAAAACUGUAGGCUUGUACUGAGCUACAUUAAUGGCUUAGUUUUCUUGGACCUUAAAAUUAAAGAGAAUUCUCCCUCUGUGGUGUA